AUGUAAUCAAGAGCCACAUCUGAAUAGUUAGAUAUUGUUGAUGAUUGUGUUGAGUUUUUCAGCACAUUUAAUAAAUUGAAUCAAUCUGAAGUAAGAGAUGUAAUCACUUAAAAAUAUCAAAAUCCCGAUAAGAAGGUUUCCUUGCCCAAAGCAUAAGCAGCUAGCAGAGAUGAGCAUAAAUUAAAAUUUCUCAGUGAAGACUAGUAAAUUCAUCAUGUACCAAACAAUCAGACAAGUUCUCAUUAAGUAGAUUAUAAAUCUAAACAAAAGUAGUUAAUGAUGAAUGAAAUUGGUGUUAGCGAAGAGGGUUUUAUGAAUCGACCUACUGAGCGCAGAGGUCUCGGAGCAAGCGGUCCAUCUGGUGGGGGAGGUGAUUUAUUUGAUUCAUUUAGAAACCAAAGAAGUAAAAGGUAUCAUGUUGCUGCUGAAGAAAGGUAAAGAGGUGUAAAAGAAGAAUAGCUAUGUUACAUUUGCCAAUAGCCAGGCCAUUUCGCAAAAGAUUGUAAAUUUGGUAUUGAUUGA